AAAUAUGCGUUUGCUAAAGUUGGCAUUUAUCCAGUACAUGUUCUUUCUGACAAAACCCCAAACUGCUUAAGUCUGAUAUGGAAAUAAAAUCCACAAACUCUACGACAGUUACCCACCCUAAAUGUUUAGCAGUGACUGCUCUAACACAACACAGGCAUACAACAAUUCUCCCCCAUGAAGAAAAACGCAGUCAUUUCAUUUAACACAUCCCACAACCACUCAGUUGAGGAAGCGGGAAACAUUUCCUUUCUUCAAGCCACACGUAAUCUGACUGUUACCCAAAAAGUGUGCUAAGUUCAUAGUUUCAACAGUCCCUUCCCCCAACCUUCCCACCCCCUGCAGGACUUUGGAACAGUCCAUUUUGCAGUGACUUGAGGAGCGGAGGCCCAGUCAUGCAUGGACAGAUAGCUAUAGCUGCUGCCUAUGAUCCAACCCUCUACAACGUGAGGCGGAAUCUCUCAGUGUGCAUGCCUGCCGACUGCUCGGCCGUAACCACACAGGCAAAAACCGUGCCAGCCGAAUGUCUGUAAAAGCUGUCAGGGAGAAUCUUGUCCAGUCAGUUAGCAUGUGGUAAUGAGUGCGUGAGCAGUGACUCAGCUUGGUUCUACUUGCGGAUUCAUCCCAAAGCGCACUUUCUUCAUCUGUUUGGUGAUGCACAUUUCUUUCUUCGGGGGAGCCACCACCAACCUUCUUUUUUUUUCAACAGCUGCAUCAGAAGUACUCUUUUGACGUAUGGGCAAGUUACCAGUCAGUAGUGAGAAUUGCAUCAACUUGAUCAGGAGUUCUUGUUCUUGUCCUGUGUCGCUCACCGUGGAUGUAUAAAUUCCUCUUCCUUUUAUACUGUGGAACAGAGGCAACACAUACUCAACAGUUCGGAGUACAUCGCUUAUAUUUCUUAUCAAGAGUACUCGCCUAUUGUGGAACUAUAUCCUGUCCUUUGGAGAUAAGUUACUUCCACUGUUGGGCUAACACAAACUCAAGAAGUGCUUUGCUCCAUCUAACAGAAGUCUUCAAGUAAGAAAAUAAGAGCAUUGGACCAACUGUGGGAAGAGGGUUGUAAUUGAACUUUCUCCGAGUCAAGCAUCGCCUGCACAAAUCUUAUCACUUGCGAUCACAAACACAAUGGCGACCAGACUUGGAUUUCUGGGACUUUUUAUGGUGACUGUGGCAACAGCAAUGGACCAAGACACCUGCUCUCACCCAGUCACACGAGUCAUCAAACAUCAAGAGUUGCUGAAGUCCAACCUGCGGCUGUUCAGCGUGGAGGGCACCACUGAUUACUCCCAGUUGGUCAUCGACAAGGGAUCCCAGGAACUGCUUGUUGGCGCCAGAGAUUUGCUGGUGAGGUUACAGCUGGACGAUCUUUCAGUAAUCGAGUCCACAGAGUGGAGACCACGGGAGCAGGACAUAGACAAAUGUCAGAGAAAAGGAGAAUCCUUGGACAAGUGUUGCAACUACAUUCGGGUCCUGUUGCUUCGAGGGGAGCGGGUCUUUGUCUGUGGUACCAAUGCCUUCUCACCGGCAUGCACAUGGAGACAGAAAUCCAACCUAAGUGCGAUUGAGGAGAGUGUUACAGGUAUUGCCCGCUGCCCCUAUGACCCCAGCAGCAACACGACGGCGCUUUUCACACGAGAUGGCGACUUGUACAGUGCCACUGUCAUGGACUUUACGGCACGCGACCCCGUCCUGUACCGCACCCUUGGCAACUCGCGGCCAUUGCGCACGGCCCAGCUGAACUCCAAGUGGUUGAAUGAGCCUAACUUCAUAUCUUCGUAUGAGAUUGGGCCAUGGGUGUACUUCUUCUUCCGAGAGAGGGCUGUGGAAUUCUCCAAUUGCGGCAGGGUGGUGUACUCACGAGUUGCACGUGUAUGCAAGAAUGACACUGGAGGACAGUUUUUAUUGGAAGACAACUGGACAACAUUUAUGAAGGCCCGCAUCACUUGCUCAGUCUCCGGGGAGUAUCCAUUCCACUUCAACGAGCUGCAGUCCACGUUCUACGAGGAGUCCACCCAGACCAUCUAUGGCGUCUUCACCACUCCCAGCGGGGUGGCCCAUGCCUCAGCAGUGUGUGCCUUCCGUCUUGCCACCAUUGAGGCUUCCUUCCAGGGCCCCUUCAAAUACCAGCAGAACUCCCGAUCGGCCUGGACCAGUCAGGUCAACGCCAAUCCGCAUUUCAACUGUGACAUGCAGCAGAGUCGGAACCUUCAAGAUGCCCAGAAGUACCAGCUGAUGGCCAACGAUGUGGUUCCAUCUCACCGAGUGCCUCUCGUCAUGGCCAAGCCCAACGAACCACAGCUUGAUCGGAUUGUUGUGGAUGUCGUCGAAGGGAAAUACGAGACGUACCAUGUGAUGUUCAUUGGCACAGAGGACGGCAAGAUUUCUAAGGUAGUCAGGUUACCAGGCACCGACACGACCUGUGAGACUGAGAUCCUCUGUGUCACUCCGAACACACGAUGCCAGCCACUGAAGAAAAUUGAGCUCCAUUCAGAGAUGGGUGCCCUCUAUGUCGGGAUGUCCUUCGGGGUCGUAAUGGUGUCGGUACAACGGUGUCACCUGUACACCACCAUGAAGGAAUGCGUAGAUGCCAGGGAUCCUUACUGUGGUUGGAAUCCACAGACCAACAGCUGCACGACCAAACCACAAGACAACGAUGUGUUGGCCCUCUGGAUACAGGAAAUAACUUCAUGCCCGGUCAUCGACUCGGCAGUUGAUGGUGCCUACGGUGCUUGGUCCGACUGGUUCCCCUGCCAGGACCCUAGCGGUGACUCCAGGUGCCUCUGUAGGCGCCGUGCCUGUGAUUCCCCGGUCCCGCAGUGUGGCGGUCUGCCCUGUCAGGGUGAGAGUGUCCAGGUCACCAACUGUUCAGGUACAGCUGUUGUCGUGCGAAAUUCAGGAUCUUGGAGCGAAUGGAGCGCUUGGAGCGUCUGCUCGGCCAAGUGUAACGGGGGCAUCCAGACCCGGUCCAGGCACUGCCUAGGGGGCAACGUCUGCAUGGGCACCCCGGAGGAGACCAGAGAGUGCAACAAACAACUCUGCCGAGAGACGCGCAAGACAACUCGUUGGACUCCCUGGAUGGUGCAGAAUGCCACACAGGACAGUUUCCUGCUCAAACGCUACCGGUUCAUGUGCAAGGCGCCGGUCAUCGACCGGUCCCUGCUACGCAUCGGCCGCAUGAAGGUGGAGUACCAGCUCUGCCCAUACCUGAGUAAAACGUGCUGGCCCACGGGAGGUGAGGACUCGGAGGUGGAGCAGCUGAACAGACUAAUAGGAUCUUUUGGAGGCUGGACAGUCUGGUCACCAUGGUUACCCUGCAGUGUCACCUGUGGUAGCGGCGGCACCCAGCAACGCCACCGGUCCUGUUUCCCUGGUAACUCACAGUGCGCAGGGGAGUCCUACCAGCAUCGCAGCUGCUCCGGAUACACCGAGUGCCCUGUGGACGGGGGUUGGAGCUGUUGGAGUGACUGGUCGGACUGCAGCGAGUCAUGCGGGGAGGGGACUCGCACACGGGCGCGCACCUGCACCAACCCCGUUCCCGCCCACGGGGGCAGAGACUGCGAGGGGGCAGACAGAGUCACCGAGACGUGCUCAAUGGCCGAGUGCGCCGACUUUGACAGCCUCAUGUUACUCGCAGGUUCAUCAGGCGAGCAGAGCUCGGUGCCCAGUGCCAGCCGGCUCUACCACAUGUCGGGCUGGAAGGAGUGGAGCCGAUGGACGCGGUGCACCAAACCCGGCCAGGUCCACAAACACCGGAGCCGCCGCUGCCUGCUGGACAACCCCACGGAUGGCCAGUGCAUCGGCUGUGUCAAGGAACUCCAGCUCUGCGCUUCCGCCAACAAAGAACCAUUGCUUAAUGCUGCCCCAGAGGUUCAACGGUUACAGUCGCAGCCAGAGGUGGCCUGCUCACAACAGGCCACUCAGCCAGCCGCCAUCAGCACGGCCUUCGUGCUGGUCGUGGCACUGCUGUCGGCCCUGGUCAGCGCUGUGGCAUCAGUGAGCAUCCAUCGCACCUGGCUGAGGUCCUGCCAAGCCAAGAAGAAGCGGCGUGACUCGGACAACCGGGACCAAGGCACGGAUCGGUUCACGGACAAUGAGGACGACUACGACUGCCAACACCCCAGCACGUUCAGGCACUACAGAACAGAGAUUCGAAGCAAUCCCCUCCCCAGCUGAACGCUGCUGCCAAGAUUGGCCAGCCAACUUCUUUGUGUACAGACUCUAAGUACAUGUAGAUGACUUUAUGUUUUUUUAACCAACACCGCAUUGUGUACAUAAUUUUAAUUAUGAAAAGUGACGUGAAAUAAUUGCACAAAAUCUCCAGAGGGAAUCCCAGCUUUUUUUUCGUACUUAGACAGCUUGGCAUGCGGAUAUGCAGCCGAUUUCACAAAACUUCAUGCAAUGGCGUAACUCCACUUACGCCACAUUUUAUUGCGCAAGUUGAAAAACAAAUUUUCUAGAAGGUAAGGAAAACCUUGUUUGGCUGUGAGAAAACACAAGAUUUCUGGGCUGGUUCCAAUGAAGAAAAAACAAAAGCUUCCAAACAGCCGUUGUAAAAGCCGUUUUUGGUGCUCGUCCAAGAAAUUUAACAUUGCAAAAGCGUGGCGCAGCUACGCAACUUUUCAUGAAAUGGAACGUAAAUAUAUCGCGUGGCUGUGUUAUAAAUUUGUGGUGAAAGGCUUAUGCCUGGUUCAAAGUUACGCCAUGUUUCGUGAAAUCAGCGGCUGAAGGUUUCUUUGAAGCUUUCUACACGUUUUGGAUAGUUACCAAGUUUUCUGUUACCUGUAGAAGCUUAUCUAGUUCCUUCAACAGAUUACCUAGUGUUUCUUUUGCGACUGUGGGAUAACAGUUGGCAUUAGUUCUUAGCAGAAUUUAGAAAGUCUCUACUUUUCCAAAGUAGUCUCCAAAAGCCCACCUUCUUUUAGUCGUCAUAUGUUUUCCAGUGAUACUGUACCUUUCUGAUUUACUUUUAUUUCUUACGUGUUAGCUAAAUGUACAAUAUGAAUACACUUGUAGAACAGUGGCAUUUUUCAAUCCUUGUAGUUUUUGAUUUUAGCAUUGCUGACUCGCUGUGUUGUUGCAGUGCUGGCGUGCUCACUAUGGUCAGAAUAGCCCUGCUAAACCAGAACCAAGCUGUGAAGACUUGGUUAUAGUGCCUUAAAACGGUUUAGCCAACCAGCUCAAAUAAGGGACAAAUUUUUCAUUUUGUUUUCUUUUUGUUUUGUCCUUGAGUUGAAUAACAUCUGAUAUCUUAAAGUGAAGUGCUCUUUGUGUAGGAGUGGUGCGUUACGUCCUUUGUAUAGAGACACCUGACCCUAACACUCCUCAAUCCUUCACCUGUUGGAGGACUGAGGACUGUUAGGGUUAACCCUAGCUGUCUUCAGUGCUUCACCUGGUGCAGGAUUGAGGACUGUUAAUUUAUCAAACGUAACAUUUCUUUUGACAUCUUGUGAACAUUACCCACCGGUUGUAUGUUAUUGGUAGAUAACUAAUAUAUUAAACCAAAACAAAUUAAAAUGUUGUGUAUAGAAAAAAAAGGCGUAUUCAUGUUGAUGAAGUCUUCAGUUCUUGUAAUAAUUUAUAUGCUGUGUAUACAUAGUGAUAAUGCUGUUGCCAUCCUUAUGGACACACAGCCACCCCUUCUGAUGUAUUUAAAAAAUAAGAAUAAAUCAACAAAUUUACACUGUAUAAAUAUCUUAUCCAUUUCCAACUGUAAAGUCCGAGGCUGUUUUUGUUUGAUGUGCAUAGGGUCCUGUGGUUUUACUUACAAGUUAACUAGCCAACCAGGUGCUGUUGUUUGGGGGGGAGUCGGCCCCCAAAGACUUUUGUCUAAAGCAGUAUCGAAAGUUAACAGGUGACAUCACGUGUGAAGGGUCUAGGCCCCCCUCCCCCCCCAAAAAAAAUUGGGCUCUAGAACCGCGCCUGUAAUCGAGUCUUCUGUUUUGGCAGGAGGGUCAGAGGGCAUAAAGAAAUGUCCAAAAGACUUUGCCCAGUUCUAAUCAUUCUGGACUGCCAGCGUAUCUGAAGAAAGCAUCUGAAAGCAUCAAGUGAAGGUUCCGAAGUUGUCUGGGAGGCAAGAAGUUCAUCGUAUUCAUCUGGUUUGUGUUUACAAAACUCAAAAGGUUAUGCAGAGUGUUGGGCUAUUGUACAAAUAUAUUUUUAUGUGUAGAAGAUAUUUAUUCUUUAUAUUGUAUGUGUAAAAAAAUUAAAUUGUCAUUAAAUGCUGUAUAUAUGGUCUUUGGUUUUUUUUUAGGAUACGUAUGUGUGUCUUUGUUCUGCGAAGUGACAUUAAAAUGUUGGCACCUGC